AGUGAUAGUACUUGCUGCUCAAGUACCUAUGACCAAAUCUUAGAACACUGUUCCUUAUUUUUGGCUUGCUGCCCUAUGAAGGAACCCUCUACAGGAUCACAUACAAGUACAAAGACUCCAAAACUAGCUAUGGUCUUUUCUCCUACACCAACCGACUGUAGCGAAUUUCCUCCUGGAACAUGUACUGGGGUACAUACUAUCCAGCCAGAAAACGGUCCAACCAUAACUGUGUUUUGUGACAUGGACACUGAUGGUAGAGGGUGGACGACAAUUCAAAGACGAUUUGAUGGAAAUGUUGAUUUCUAUAGAGAUUGGGAGGAUUACAAAACUGGAUUUGGGGAUAUAGCAGGAGAACAUUGGCUUGGAAAUGACAAUCUUCAUUAUAUUCUUCGACAACAAAAAAAUUACCAAGUCCGAUUUGAUCUUGAAGAUGUCAAUAAGACUACAGCUUAUGCUGUGUACGAUGGAAUAUGUGUGGGGAGUGAGAGCACUAACUACCAGCUUACAAUUACAAGUUACAGUGGAACAGCAGGUGAUUCAAUGAACGAUGGGGAUAACAAUCCAAUGAAUGGUAUGAUGUUUUCUACUCGUGACAAGGAUAACGACUUAAAACCACUUCGGUCGUGUUCUGAUUCCAAAAAUAGUGGUUGGUGGCAUGCAAAAUGUACUAAUGCCAACAUCAACGGUGUGUUCAAAGACAACCUUAAUUGGAAAUCGUGGCGCAAAGACGGCAUAACAAAGACAAGAAUGAUGAUUAAACCAAGAAAUAAAAAAACAUAAGAAAAAAUGUAUGAUAGAUGAAACCUUUAUAAUACAAACACUUUUUUGAUUUUUUUUUUAUAUCAAUGUAUUAAUCUUGACAUCCGUAAAAAAUGGUAUACUAAAUUCAGUUCAAUUAUCAAAAACCAAGGUUAUCUUGGCUUCACAUGCAGCGAAAACGAUAUGACCAUAAUAAAUAUUUUACAAUGCAAUGACACAUUACUCAACGCUAUAAUGGGAAUAAUAACCACUUCAGAUUCAUAUAAACAUAAAUAUAUCUAGAACAGUAUUGAUAUUACGAGUUAAAGAAAUGCGAACGCCUUGUUUCAUGUCAGAUACGAUUGCUCUGCUAUGUAUUUUACACCUCCAUACAAUAAUAUCAACGAUAUUUUUCUUGCUUAAUAAACUUGUCACAUUCU